AUGGAAAAGUUUUUUCGUGGCAAAAAGCGGAAAAUCAAUGAUGAGGAGGAAGAAGGAGCUACUAAAAGUGGUCAACACGACGACGACUUUUCAGCCCACUUCAACGCCAACUUUGAAGCCGCCGACAUUGAGUUGCUAAAGGACUCGGAGCGGUGCAACCGAACGCUAAACUGGCCAGCACUGGGUACCUUCGUGGAGAGCAAAGUGGUGGAGGGGCACUUUUCGAAGCAGAGCACAGCACCCCUAGAGAAGCCCUUCACCAUCGUCGAUCAGCUGCAGUUAAAGUCCAUGCUGGUGGAGAACAUCGGCAAGACGAUGCUAUCGGUGGGCGAACAGCAGCCAGCACUGAGUGCCUUUCAAACGGAGCUGCUGGGGCUGAUGUCCUCUUAUCGGGAUAUCUUUUACGCGGAACGGAACGACAGCAAUGGCGAGCAGAUCCGCGUCGCCUACUGCCUCCACGCGCUGAAUCACAUACUCAAGACGAGGUCGCGCAUUCUCGCCCACAACUCAAAGAUCAACCAGGGCGCUGCUGCUACUGCUGAUGGUGGUGGUGGUGGUGGUGCCCUUUUGAAGAGCGGUGACGCCUACCGAGACCAGGGCCUGACGCGGGCGAAGGUGCUCAUUGUGGCGCCCUUUCGGCAGUCCGCCUACCAGACGGUGAACACGAUGAUCAGCCUGCUCUUCGCCGACGUGAAGGACACCGGCAGUCGGCGCAUCAACAUCAUGAACUACAAGCGCUUCAAGAAGGAGUUUGGCCCGCAGGAGGACGAGCCGCCGGUGGGGGCGAAGAAGCCGGACGACUACAAGCGCCUCUUUGCGGGCAACAUCGACGACUCCUUUCGCAUUGGCCUCUCGCUGACGAAGCGCUCGCUGAAGCUGUACACGGACUUUUACUCCUCGGACAUUAUCAUCGGCUCGCCGCUCGGCCUGCGUCUGGCGGUGGGCGCCCAGGGCGAGGCCGAGUACGACCACGACUUUCUCUCCUCAAUCGAGGUGGUGGUCCUCGACCAGGCGGACGUCUUUCUCAUGCAGAACUGGGAGCACCUGCUGCACAUCAUGGCGCAUCUGCACCGCCGUCCAAGGGCGGACCACGGCGUCGACUACAGUCGCGUGAAGCUGUGGGUGCUGGAGCUGUGGGCGAAGUACUACUGUCAGCUGGUGCUCUUCAGCGGCACCGCCUCCAGCUCGCUGGUGAACGCCUUCUUCCACCAGCACAGCGCCAACUGGGCCGGCAAGGUGGUGGGGCGGGCGGAGGUGGGCCCGGCGAGGGCGGCCAUCAACCACGUCUUCAUUCAGUGUCCGCAGAUCUUCCAGCGGGUGCCGCUGCCAGACGGGUGCACGCUCGCCGACAGCGCCGACGCCCGCUUUGACUUUUUCGUCAACAGCAUUCUGCCCAAGUUCAGGGACAGUCUGAAGGUGCGCACGAUGAUCUACGUGCCGUCGUACUUUGACUUUGUCCGCCUGCGCAACUACUUUCGCCGCGAGGACGUCAGCUUCAAUCAGAUCUGCGAGUACACAAAGGCGGGCAAGGUGGCCCGCGCCCGGCACAUGUUCUACACCGGCGGACGACACUUUCUGCUCUUCACCGAGCGGUACCACUUCUUCAACCGGCACACCAUCAAGGGCAUUCGCCAGCUGAUCUUCUACGAGCCGCCCACCUACCCGCACUUUUACUCGGAACUGGUCAACAGCAUGCACCUCUCCAAUCAGGGCAAGAAGCUGCCCACCGACUAUGGCGCCAUGUCCGCCACGGUGCUCUUCACCCGAUUUGACGCCCAUUCGCUGGUCAGCCUGGUCGGCAGUCGGACGGCCGCCAGUCUGCUGUCGCAGUCCGCCGCCUCCACUGAUGUGCACAUGUUUCUCACUGACAAUGUGGGCUAG